AUGGAUCCGGGCCUCCCAACCGGUCCCCCCUUUCGUUUCAUCGUUCCCCACGGGACGGGCCAUGGCGAAGUAAUCCCAUAUCCACAACGAAUUCGUCCCUCGCAUUUUUUCCUAGCUUUUGCCCGACAGGCACUGGAAGGCAACCGUCUCUUGCCGUACAUUCGUCGUCAUUGUCCCAGCGGUACCGCUACCGCAAUGAUGGACAUCCUUCCCGACGCACCCGACGUGAUUGUUCCGGUUCCACCGAGACCUUUACAACAGCCCCACCCGCAUCGACAAGGUUGCGACACAUUUACUGUUAAUCCUGUCCCAAGAACGAAUGCGUGUGGUGCCGUGAGUGACGUUCGGGAAUCGACGGCGCGUCGGGGACGAUCGUUGGGACGUCUGCCGAAUCUACACGUUUGGAUCUUGGUGCUGGCCGUAGCUCUCGUGGCGGCUGUCCUAGUCCAGUGGAGCGAAUCGUUGUCGUCUUCCACGAGUCUUUCCCUGGACACCCCCGAGGUUUCCCCGUUCCGAUGGCUUCUAAAAGGGGACGAUUCCCGUUCCCCACACAGCCAACACAAACCUAUUUACGACGAGGCGCACCCCGCACUCUUUCCCUUGUCCCGCAGCGAUCAAAUUGGCUUUUUCCUCGCCACGCUCGGUCUCAUGGUGGCGGCUGGUGGCGGCAUUGGUGGAGGUGGGAUCCUCGUACCCGUGUACAUUCUAGUCAUGGGCUUUACCCCUAAACACGCCAUUCCCUUAUCCAACGUUACCGUAUUGGGCGGAGCCGUCGCCAAUACGAUCCUCAAUGCCCGCAAACGACAUCCCCUCGCGGAUCGACCCCUCGUGGACUGGGAUCUCAUCCUCGUUAUGGAACCCCUCACCAUUGCCGGAGCCCUGCUCGGUGCCUUUCUCAACAAAGUUCUGCCGGAGUUGUUACUCACCGUACUACUCGUACUCCUCUUGUCCGUCACGGCUUACACUAGUUUGACCAAGGCGUUGAAACUUUACGCCCGGGAAAGUCGCGCCAUGGCCGCCGCUCAAGGACUCGUACGGGUCGACGGAACCAAGGAAUCGGAACUUACCGUCAUGGCACGAUUGGAAGAUCAAGACGACCACGACGAAGCUGCCGAAGUACUUUUGGAAAAUAUGGAACGAGACGAUGACGACGACGAAUCUAGUUCCGACGACGAUAUGAAGAGCGUGGAGUUGCCCGCGUCGUCCUUGCAAGCCGAACUGGACCAGCUGUUGGAAGAAGAGUGCACGACGCCCAUGGCCAAUAUAUCGAUCCUGGUAACCAUGUUCAUCGUCGUUCUCACGAUCAACGUACUCAAAGGCGGUGGCGCCUUUCCCAGUCCUCUCGGUAUUCGUUGCGGAUCUCGAGCCUUCUGGAUCGCCAACCUGGUCAUGCUCGCUUGGAUUGGGAUCAUUAGCGUGGGCAUCCGAGCCUACCUGGUCCGACGAUUUGAACAAAAGCGACGCCUCAGCUUUCCCUACGUCGAAGGCGAUAUUCGAUGGGACGCACGAGCUACCAUUGUCUAUCCGGUGGUGUGCUGCAUGGCCGGAUUCUUUGCUGGAAUGUUUGGGGUGGGCGGCGGGAUUGUCAAGGGACCACUCAUGCUGGCCAUGGGCGUUCAUCCGGCCGUUUCGUCCGCGUCCUCUGCUUGCAUGAUUCUAUUCACUUCUUUUACAGCCACGACGAGUUUUGUUGUUUUCGGACUCCUCGUCUGGGACUACGCGUACGUCUGCAUGGCUAUCGGUUUUGUGGCCACUUUCGCCGGCCAAGUGGGGCUGUCCUAUCUCAUGAGGCGUGCCCAACGUAAUUCGUACAUUGCCUUUUCUAUUGGAGCCGUGGUGUUGCUGUCGGCCUUUCUUAUGACCAUACAAUCCCUACUGAGCAUGGCAGCGGGAGAAAAACACCACUCGGGAGGAAUUUGUGGCAAGGGAGACUAG